AUCUACAUCUCUCACUGUAUCUUAAAAUAAUAUAUUUCAGAUAAUGUAGAAUCUUUAGUUGAACCAUCUUAAAAUUAAAUAAAAUCAUCUAGAUUUGUUAUUAUGUUUAUGAUGCUCAGAUGACAAGUCAGGAAUUUUGAAGUUUUUAAUUGUCAAAGAAGUUGAAAACCAUCAUGACGUCUGCCCAUUUAUCCAGUGGAAGGUUAAACAUUGGAUUGAUUCAGGAGCAAGCAAGAAAGCAGUUGUUACUUUUAUUAGAAAAAUGUGAUGGACCCAAAGCUAUUGUGUGGGAUGAAUCUCUUGGAGGACCAAUGGGGCUCGUUGCAAAAUAUGAUACACUUCAAGAACAUGAAGUUAUUAAGAUGUAUCCUUUGGUAGGAGGACGUCUGCCAUCUUCUGAUGUUACAAAUGUCAUUUUUAUUACUAGGCCACAUUUAGAUCUUAUGGAUUUAAUAGCUCAAAAUAUACAUGGCGAAGAAAGAAACAGACAGCAUAAAGAAUUUCAUAUAUUUUUUGUACCUCGCAAGAGUUUACUGUGUGAAAAAAAAUUGCAAAAUCGAGGGGUUUUUGGAAACUUUACAUUGAUUGAAGAAUUUUCAUGUGAUCUUUUUCCUUUUGAUAGCGAUCUUGUAUCAAUGGAACUAAGUGAUGCUUACAGAGAAUUUUAUCUAGACAAUGACCCUACUUGUUUAUAUCAAGUAGCACAAGCUUUAAAUAAUAUGCAAGAAUUAUAUGGCAAAUUUCCUAAAGUAACAGGGAGAGGACCAGCUGCAAACAAAGUAUGGAACUUAAUGCAGCGAUUAGAUAGAGAAUUAGAUAAUAAGAGAAAAACAAAUGCUUCAAUGCCUGUAAUUGAACAUCUUUUAUUACUUGAUCGUUCAUUGGAUUUAUUAUCACCACUCGUAACACAACUUACAUAUGAAGGUUUAAUUGAUGAAAUAUUUGGAAUCAAUAACACCACAGUAAAAUUGCCAGCUGAAAAAUUUUUAAAUUCAGAUGAAUCUCCAACAGUAAUGUCACUUGAAAAGAAACAUCAACAAAUUAUACUUAAUUCUGGAGAAGAGUUAUUUUCUGAAAUUAGAGAUAAAAAUUUUAAUGGAGUUGGACCUGUUCUCAGUAAGAAAGCAAAAACCAUUUCAUCGCAAUUUGAUGAAAGGCAUGGCGAUAAAAGUGUUCAAGAGAUAAAACAAUUUGUGGCAAGAUUGCCUCACAUGUUAGCUACUAAGCAAUCUUUGGCAAAACAUACCACUAUAGCUGAAAUGAUAAAAGAAGUUACAGAUUCUAGUAAUUUCCUGGAAACAUUGCAAAUUGAGCAAGAACUUUUAAAUGGUAUUGAUACAGACAAACCAAACUCAUAUAUAGAAGAUUUAAUAGCUCAGCAAGAACCAUUAAUAAAAGUUCUUAGACUUUUAUGUUUACAAUCUAUUACUAAUUCUGGAUUAAAGCAAAAACUUUUAGAUUAUUAUAAACGAGAAAUUAUACAAACAUAUGGUUAUCAACAUUUACCUACUUUAUUAAAUUUAGAAAAAGCUGGACUUUUAAAAGUUCAGCAAUCUGUUAGACAAUAUACUGUAUUGAGAAAAGCUUUAAGAUUGACUGUUGAAGAUGAAAGUGAGAUAAUGCCAAAGGACAUAAGUUAUGUACACUCCAUUUAUGCUCCACUAAGCGUCAGGUUAGCGGAACAAUUAGUCCAACCAGGAGGAUGGCAAGGAUUAAACGACAUACUUGGGUUACUGCCUGGACCAGCUAUUAGCAGUUACACUCAGAAAACAACAUCAAACAUAAGAAGAAAUUCAUUAACAAGUGAAGAUUCUGGUGCAGAUCCUCCAAAACUUAUUCUUGUAUUUUUUAUUGGUGGAUGUACAUAUGCUGAAAUUUCAGCAUUAAGAUUCCUGUCUCAACAAGAAGAAUUGAAUGUUGAAUUUAUCAUUGGUACAACUAAGCUAAUAAAUGGAAAUACAUUCAUUUCAUCUUUAAUGGAAAAUAUGCAAAAAAACAAAAAUUAAG